AUGUCAAUGCACCAAUCAAAACAGCAUCAGAAGCGGAUCAGAAAAGAGCACGCAGUCAAUAAUCGCAACGGGCGUAAAGGAUAUCCGGACAUCCUCCGGAAUGCGAUCUCAAUCCCGGAUAAGAUCCCGAUAUUCUAUUGGAAGAUUGUCCGUGCUGAUUUGCAGCGACAAUGGACGCCAGAUCUUGCGCUUAUUCUCAACACAGCCUGA